AUGUCAGAAUAUGCUCUAUUUAUAACUGAAAAUAAACUUAAAUUACCUACUUUAUAAAAAAUAAAUCCUGAUUAAGCUAAAAAUAUGUAAGAACUUUGUAAAGAAAUGGAAGAUUUAAUAGAUUAAACAAACUCAAAUGUCAAUCAAAUGUUAUAAUCUUAAUAAAACAAUAUUCUAAAUACUUUUAAAUAAGUUUUAGAAACGAUGAAAAAAGAUAUAGAUCGUAUUAAUUAAAAUUUUCUUUAAUACAUUGCAUUUCAUGAAAAAGAAUAAUAAGUAAAUCAAUCAUAAUUAAAAGCUUGAAAGGAUCUUAAUUCUCAAAAUAAAACUGUGUUUUUUAGAUAAGAAUGUCAUAGUUUAAAUGAACAAUGUAAAUUAUUGUAACAAAAAGUCAAAAAAUUUGCAUAAGAAAAUUAAUUUUUAGAAAAUGUAAUUUAAUAUAUAAUAGAAUAAGGAAUUAAUGUUCACGAAAGAAGCAUUAUUAAUACAAGUAUAGAAAAAUGAAAAACUCAAACAAACUCUAUAAAGAUUCAAAGAACAGCUUAAUGAAUAUUAAGUUUUAAGAAACUAAAAUAUUAAAUUAUUGCCAACAGAACCAAAAAGUGGGUCAGACUUUUAAUAUUAAAAAUUAACUAGUGUAAAAAGGGGUAAAUUUGAUUCUUCCCGUAAAAAGGAUACAUCAUUUAACUCUAUAGCUAAUUCAGACACUAAAUCAAAAUUUAUUUUAUCAUAAUAAACAAGAGCAUAAAGUUUAUAAAAAAGUAUUUUAACAAAAAAAUCUGCAGUUUUUGAUACAAGUAUUUUAGAAAAACAAUAAGACCAAAUAUUUGAAUACUCCAGAUAUCAAUCUUUAAAAUAAGAAAUUGAAAAUAUUUAAUGA